GCGGAGGAGGCGACGCUGGUUGUUCUGCACGGUACAAAUUUUUUGAAGGUUGUUUACCUGGCGUGAUAAUUUUUUCCUGGCACUAUGUGUUGCAGAAGCAUUUUGUGGUUCAUCUGCAUUUUUGUGGCGAUAGUCACAGAUUCCAGCCACAGUAGCCUGGCCUCUAAUACAGGCUCUGAUUCUGAAGUCGUUGCGUAUAGUUUAAGAACGGACAAUGGAGUGGAACCAGUUCAGAGGGAUAAGGAGACCGCAGCUGUGGACCUGGCCGCCCUUCUGGACGCCGGGGACAGAGCCGUGGUGACGCUGGUGGCGGGCGACACACGUCUGGUGGCGCACAGGGCCGUCCUGGCUGCCAGGAGCACCGUGCUCGCCGCCAUGUUGCGGAACACCACGCUGGAGACCAGCAGCGGCCACAUUGCCAUCUCGGGCGUGGAGGGUCCAGUGCUACGCCAGCUGCUGGUCUACAUGUACACACUCCGGGUCCCCCAAGCGCACAGCAUGGCGCCACAGCUGCUGGCCGCUGCUGACAGAUACGGACUGUCCGCCCUGAAGGCGGAGUGUGAGCAGCUGGUGGCCGCACAGGUGUCUGGGGGGCCCGCAGCGGCCGCAGCUGUGCUCCAAGUCAGGCGCUCCUCUGACAGCCUCAGGCAGGCCGUGGUUGACUUCGUAAAGGCUCACCUGCUCCACGUGAUGGGAGGGACUCUGCACAGCCAGCGUGAAGAUCGGGCGGAAGUGAGCCACCUGCUGUCUGUUCCAUCAGCAAAAACCAGCUCGCCAGCCACUGCCGACAGCUGGACGACCCCCGCCGCUCAGCCGCUCAGCGACCACAGCUGGAGUCCCGACGCAGCCGCACCGACCACGCCUACCCACCACACUCCCCCACCUGACAGCGUUGACAUCGCUCUCCUGCGCUCGCUGGCCACUGCAGACAGCUGGACGACCCCCGCCGCUCAGCCGCACAGCGACCACAGCUGGAGUCCCGACGCAGCCGCCCCGACCAUGCCUACCCACCACACUCCCCCACCUGACAGCGUUGACAUCGCUCUCCUGCGGACAUUAUCUGAAGAGGAGAAGGGCAGGAGGCUGAUCCAGGCAUCUAUUCAGGGCUCAAUGCAAGAGCUGCAGGCACUGCUGGCGGCUGGAGUGAACUUGGGGGCGAGGGACAUGAACGAGCGGACCCCCCUGCAUUGGGCAGGUAUCAAGGGAUACGAGGAGAUGGCGAGGCGCCUGCUGGCGGCAGGUGCGGACGUGGGGGCGAGGGACAAGUUCCAGCAGACGCCGCUGCACUUCGCUGCGUGGGGCGGCAGCGCGGCUGUCGUCAGGCUGCUGGCGGCGUCCUCCGCCGACCCCGACGCCAGGGAUGUGGACGGAUGGACGCCGUUGCACACUGCAGCGUUCAGUGACGAGACGGAAGCGGCUACGGCGCUGCUGGAGGCAGGGGCCGACAUGGGGGCCGUAGAUAACAAUGGGAACACCCCACUGGACAUCGCCAGACAGUACAACAACCAGCACGUGAUAGACGUGCUGUGAUAAACCUGAGAGUCCCACACAUGUCUGUGGACUAAAAUAAAUAAACAUUUUUAGCAGUA